UAUUAUCCGCUCCGGAGAGCGUUUCAUUUUAACAUGUAGAUAUGUUGUUGCUGUUUUAUAAUUAAAUAAAAAAUGUCGUCGAAAGGGAUGUCGAGAGGUUUUUAUUUUAACACUGUACUGUCUCUGGCGCGCUCACUGGCCGCUCAUCGACCCGCGCCGAUCGACAAGGUUCAGAAGCUACAAUGCAUGUGUCCUGUGGACAUCCGGGGUGUUUUCCAGCUGGACGAGAGAAGAAGAGAUGCUGUGAUCGCCCUGGGCAUCUUCCUAGUAGAGUCUGACCUGCAGCACAAGGACACUAUCGUCCCCUACUUGUUGGGUUUGCUGAAGGGAUUGCUAAGGGUGCAAUGGAUCGAAGAGAGCGCAGAGAGGAAAGGAAGAGAAACACUCCCUGUUGCGGAGAACUUCACCUUCUGUUUGGUGACGAUGCUCUUUGAUGUCGCUCAGAUGGACGAGUUGACGAGAAUCCAGAUUUUGGAGGCUGUAAUGAACCUCAUGCAGGUGCUUCAGAAAACAUGUCAGAACACUGAAGGUCAAGAUAAAGAGUACCUGUGUAAAUACACCAUGCCCUGUCUGCUUGGCGUGGUGCGAGCCUUCGGCCGCUACAGCAACACUGAUGAGCCGCUGCUGUCCAAGCUGUUUCCACGGGUGGCCCCUCAAGUUUUAGGCACAAGAGAGGUGGAGGUGAUCCGACGGCGAUCCUUCAACGAUUUCCGCUCCAUCCUGCCCAGCUCCUUCCUCGCUGUCUGCCAGACUGACUCUCUACGUUGCAAAACCAGCAGCGUUUCCAGCAUCUCACAGCAGGCCAGUCCAGAGCGUGCCGGACUUCCUCCGUGUUCUCCUACUGACCCCUCUGCUCCUUACUUUGAAGCAGGUUCAUAUCUACCUGACGGCAAUACUGUGGAUCCAGACUACUAUUUUUCCACCAUAAGCUCCAGUUUCUCUGUCUCACCGCUCUUUACGGGCAGCAACAAUACAGAGUUUGACGCACCACUGGAUUUACUGAGACAUCUUCUGCAAAUGGUCGAGCAGUUUGUGUCAGAAUCCUUUUUGAAGACACUGGAUCAGACUAUGGUUGAAGUUCUGGAGUUGAAUCCAGGUACUAAUCUGUUCUACAAGACCUUCAGUGAUCCUCUGUAUCUGGCUGUAUUUAAGAUGUUGAGGGACACCUUGUACUACAUGAAAGACCUACAGACGUCAUUUGUGAAGGAGAUUCAUGAUUUUGUUCUGGAGCAGUUCAGCAGCAGUCAGUCGGAGCUGCAAAGAAUCCUGCAUGACGUGGAGCAUCUGCACACCGAGUUAAACCCGCUCAAAUUGCGCUGUCAGGCCAAUGCCGCCUGCGUCGACCUCAUGGUGUGGGCCGUCACAGAGGAGCAGGGUGCGGAGAAUCUCUGCACGAAACUGUCCGAGAAACUGCAGUCCAAGACGUCCAGUAAGGUCAUCAUCGCACACAUGCCCCUCCUCAUCUGUUGUUUACAGGGUCUCGGAAGGUUGUGUGAGCGUUUCCCAGUGGUUGCUCACUCUGUCACCAUGUCUUUGAGAGACUUCCUGGUCGUACCCUCACCUGUACUUGUUAAACUCUACAAGUACCACAGUCAGUACAAUACAGGAACUGGAGAGAUCAAAAUCCAUGUGACCAAUGAGCAUUCUCAGUCUACGUUCAGCUCUCACUCCAGUAGGAAGAGUCAGCUGUCCAUGUAUGAGCAGCUCCGAGACAUCUCAAUCGACAAUAUCUGCAGGUGUUUAAAAGCAGGCUUGGCUAUGGACUCAGUCAUUGUGGAGGCUUUUCUCGCUAGUCUUUCCAACCGUCUGUACAUCUCCCAGGAAAAUGACAAAGAUGCCCACCUCAUCCCCGAUCACACCAUACGGGCAUUAGGACACAUCGCAGUGGCGCUGAGAGACACUCCUCGUGUGAUGGAGCCCAUUCUACAGAUCCUACAGCAGAAGUUCUGUCAGCCGCCAACACAGCUGGACGUUCUGAUCAUAGAUCAGCUGGGCUGUAUGGUCAUCACAGGAAAUCAAUACAUUUACCAGGAAGUGUGGAACUUAUUCCAGCAGAUAAGCGUGAAGGCCAGCUCUAUGGUUUACUCCACCAAAGGCUACAAGGAUCAUGGAUACAGGCACUGUUCUCUGGCCGUGAUCAACGCUCUGGCGAACAUCGCUGCAAAUCUUCAGACUGAGCAAAUGGUGGAUGAGCUUCUUGUGAACCUUCUGGAGCUGUUUGUUCAGCUCGGGCUGGAGGGCAAACGGGCCAGUGAAAGAGUCAGCGAGAAGGGCCCCGCCCUCAAGGCGUCGAGCAGUGCUGGUAAUUUAGGAGUUCUCAUUCCCGUCAUUGCUGUGCUGACCAAACGUUUGCUGCCCAUUAAAGAGGCCAAACCGAGACUACAGAAGCUCUUCAGAGAUUUCUGGCUCUAUUCAGUCGUCAUGGGCUUCGCCGUAGAGGGUUCAGGUUUGUGGCCGGAAGAAUGGUACGAGGGAGUGUGUGAAAUCGCAACCAAAUCUCCCCUGCUGACGUUCCCGAGUGGAGAGCCCCUACGCUCUGAGCUGCAGUAUAACUCUGCCCUCAAAAACGAUACUGUCACCACAGCUGAAUUGAACGAUUUAAGGAGCACCAUCACAAACCUUCUGGAUCCUCCUCCUGAGGUCGCUGCUCUCAUUAAUAAACUGGACUUUGCCAUGUCCACCUACCUGCUGUCCGUCUAUCGGCUAGAAUACAUGAGGGUGCUACGCUCGCUAGACUCUGAUCGUUUCCAAGUGAUGUUCCGUUAUUUUGAGGACCGAGCUAUCCAGAAGGAUAAAUCAGGAAUGAUGCAGUGCGUAAUUGCAGUUGGCGACAAAGUGUUUGACGUCUUUCUUCAGAUGAUGGCCGACAAGCCGAAGACUAAAACCCAUGAGGAGGAGUUAGAGUGUCAUGCUCAAUUCCUAUUGGUCAAUUUCAACCAUAUUCACAAGAGAAUACGAAGGGUGGCUGACAAAUAUCUGUCAGGCCUUGCAGAAACUUUUCCUCAUCUGUUGUGGAGCGGUCGUGUCCUGAAGACAAUGCUGGACAUCUUGCAGACCCUCUCGGUUUCACUCAGUGCUGACAUCCACAAAGACCAGCCAUAUUAUGACAUACCAGACACUCCAUACCGAAUCACAGUGCCUGACACGUAUGAAGCCAGAGAGAGUAUUGUGAAAGACUUUGCCGCCCGCUGUGGAGAAAUCCUGAAAGAGGCCAUGAAAUGGGCACCAUCAGUCACCAAAUCUCACCUACAGGAAUACCUGAAUAAACAUCAGAACUGGGUGUCCGGUCUGUCCCAGCACACAGGCCUGGCUAUGGCCACAGAAAGCAUCCUACACUUUGCUGGAUAUAAUCGUCAGAGCACUAGUCUGGGUACCACUCAGCUCACAGAGAGACCCACCUGUGUAAAGAAAGACUACUCCAACUUCAUGGCCUCCCUCAACCUGAGAAACCGCUAUACUGGAGAGGUGGCAGGCAUGAUUCAUUUCUCAGAGGCCACGCGGAGCACAUCAGACCUGAAUAAACUUAUGAUUCAACAGAUGACUAAAGCUCUGGAUGGAGGACAGCCCGAAGCCUUUACUGAAGCCAUGUUUAAAUUGGCAGCACUGCUGAUCAGCUCCAAAGAGUGCGACCCUCAGCUCCUACAUCUCCUGUGCUGGUCCCCGUUAAAGAUGUUUACAGAGAAUGGUAUGGAAACAGCUAUAGCCUGUUGGGAGUGGCUCCUGGCUGCCAGGUCUGGCAUUGAAGUCCAGUUCAUGAGGGAGAUGGCAGGCGCGUGGUUGAUGACCGUUGAGCUGAAGAUGGGGCUGUUCUCAGACGCUCAGGUGGAGGCGGACCCUCUCGCGGCAUCAGAGGAGAGCCAGCCCAUCCCCUGCCCACCCGACGUCACGCCCCACUACAUCUGGAUAGAGUUCCUGGUGCAGCGCUUUGAGAUAGCAAAGUACUCCAGCGCUGAUCAGGUGGAGAUAUUCAGCAGUCUCCUGCAUAGAUCCCUCUCUCUUAAUGUUGGCAGUCCAAAGAGCAGCUUGAACCGCCACGUAGCGGCCAUCGGACCUCGUUUCAGGUUGUUGACGCUCGGACUCUCCCUACUGCACUCGGACGUAGUGACCAAUGCCACCAUCCGCAAUGUCCUGCGAGAAAAGAUAUACUCCACCGCCUUUGAUUAUUUCAGUGUUGCAUCUAAAUUUCCCACCCAGGGUGACAAACGACUUCGCGAGGACAUUAGCAUCAUGAUCAAGUUUUACGCCAACAUUCUCUCGGAUAAGAAGUAUCUAGCAGCUAGUCAACUUGUGCCACCCGGUGAGCUUGGCGCCAAUCCGCCUCAAAGCGCUCUAUCUGCCGGGAUAUUCGGAUCGCUAAUCGUUUCCAGCACGUCUCCGAUAUCGAUGUUAAACAACCAGGAUCCUUCGCUGAACAGUUUGUCGGUGAUGAACGCCGCCGACCCCAGAAACAACAUGGACAUGACGGUGGGCUCGCGCCAGCAGAGCGCUCAGGGUUGGAUCAACACCGUCCCCCUGUCCAGCGGCAUGUCCACCAUAUCCAAGAAAUCAGGAAUGUCCAAAAAGAGCAACCGAGGAACCCAGUUACACAAGUACUACAUGAAGCGCAGGACACUACUUUUGGCUUUGCUGGCCAGUGAGAUUGAGCGACUGACCACGUGGUACAACCCGCUGUCCACGCAGGAGCUAGCCAUCGCCACAGAGCAGUCCGUGGAGACCAGCAUCUCCAAUUGGAGAUCCAAAUACAUCAACUUGAGUGAGAAACAGUGGAAAGAUAACGUUAAUCUAGCGUGGAGUAUCGCUCCUUACCUGGCCAUGCAACUGCCAGUCAGGUUUAAAAACUCAGAUGCCAUUGUGGCUGAAGUGACCCGUCUGGUUCGACUGGAUCCUGGUGCUGUCAGUGAUGUCCCAGAGGCUGUUAAAUUCCUUGUGACGUGGCACACUAUUGAUGCCGACUCUCCAGAACUGAGCCACAUCCUCUGCUGGGCACCUGCGGAUCCACCCACCGGACUCUCGUACUUCUCCAGCAUGUACCCCCCCCAUCCACUCACCGCUCAGUAUGGAGUCAAAGUACUGCGCUCCUUCCCUCCUGAUGCAAUUUUGUUUUACAUUCCUCAAAUUGUACAAGCUCUGCGAUAUGACAAGAUGGGUUACGUGCGAGAGUACAUAAUGUGGGCCGCACAGAAGUCUCAACUCCUCGCUCACCAGUUUAUCUGGAACAUGAAUACCAACAUCUUCCUAGAUGAAGAGGGACAUCAGAAAGAUCCGGACAUCGGUGAGCUUUUGGAGCAGAUGGUUGAAGAGAUCACACACUCUUUGUCUGGUCCUGCUAAAGACUUCUACCAGCGCGAGUUUGAUUUCUUCAACAAGAUCACCAACGUGUCAGCCAUUAUCAAGCCUGUUCCUAAAGGAGAAGAGCGAAAGAGAGCGUGUUUGAAAGCACUGUCAGAAAUCAAAGUUCAGCCAGGAUGCUAUUUGCCGAGCAACCCUGAAGCAAUCGUCCUCGACAUCGACUACAAGUCGGGAACUCCUAUGCAGAGUGCCGCUAAAGCUCCUUAUCUGGCAAAAUUCAAAGUCAAGAGGUGUGGUGUGAGUGAGCUGGAGAAAGAGGGCCUGCGCUGCCAAUCCGAAUCUGAAGAGGAAGCUGAUGAGGAUCCUGAAGCGCCUCAAAAUAUCUGUUGGCAGGCGGCCAUCUUUAAAGUGGGCGAUGACUGCAGACAGGACAUGCUUGCUCUUCAGAUUAUCGGUCUGUUCAAGAACAUCUUUCAGCUCGUGGGUCUGGAUCUGUAUGUGUUUCCGUACAGAGUUGUGGCCACGGCUCCUGGAUGUGGCGUGAUUGAAUGUAUCCCGGACUGUAAGUCACGUGACCAGCUCGGCAGGCAGACAGACUUUGGCAUAUACGACUACUUCAGGAACCAGUACGGAGAUGAGUCCACCCUGGCCUUCCAGAAGGCUCGAUAUAACUUCAUCCGUAGUAUGGCUGCAUACAGUCUGCUGCUCUUCCUGUUACAAAUCAAAGACAGACACAACGGAAACAUCAUGCUGGAUAGCAAAGGACACCUCAUACACAUCGACUUCGGCUUUAUGUUUGAGAGUUCUCCUGGUGGUAAUCUGGGCUGGGAGCCCGACAUCAAACUGACCGAUGAGAUGGUGAUGAUCAUGGGUGGCAAGAUGGAGGCCACUCCCUUUAAAUGGUUCAUGGAGAUGUGUGUGCGAGGAUACCUGGCCGUAAGGCCAUAUAUGGAUGCUGUUGUGUCAUUGGUGACCUUGAUGCUGGACACCGGUCUGCCCUGUUUCAGAGGACAAACUAUCAAACUUCUCAAACAAAGGUUUAAUCCCAACAUGAGUGAGAAAGAAGCUGCUGCCUUCAUGAUUAAAAUCAUAGAGCGCUGCUUUCUCAGUAGCAGGAGCAAAACCUAUGACAUGCUGCAGUUUUACCAAAACCAGAUCCCAUACUGAGACCGGACAUUCUCCUGUGAUCCGUCUUCUCUCCGUCUGCCAUUAUCAGUCUAUUAGAAUCCAUGAUGAGCACUUUAUAGAUCUGAAUUAUUCACCCGUCCUGAUUGGCCCCGAUCGGUGCAUCCAGGUGUGUCAUUUCCUGUCGUGUUGCCUCAGGGCGUCUCUAGUGAUUCGCUGUAUUCAAUCACUGCAUGUAUGUUCUCAGAUCUCCCUUUAAGGCAUUUUCCAUGAUGGUUGGUGUUUGUGUGAGUUUUGACAUUCCGUUCCUUGUGUUUGGAUGCAUUCUUUAGCUCUACUUGAAUAUUUACAACUGGGUUUAGUUUGCGUCACCCAGAAAGCCAUUUCUAAGACUAUGGGACUGAUUGCACUGUAGAAUACGUGCUGUUGGCAAAUUAUCUGUGUUAUGCAAUACAUUUUUUAUUGUAUGUUGUGUUUGACACUGAAAGACUGAAUCUCACAAAACCUAUGAAGAACCUGUUAUGUCCGGAUCAUACUUUACUAUGAAAUUCAAAAUAAAUAAUUUUUGCUUUCCGAAAAAGCCUAUUUAAAGCAUUAGUUCGCCCAAAAAUUGUAAUUCUCUCAUUAUUGACUAAGUCGUCCUAGAUGUGUAUGACUUUUCUUCUUCAGCAGAACUGAAAUUAUGAUGUUUAUAAGCACAUUUAAGCUCUGUUUGUCCAUACAAUGCAAGUAAACAGGUGCCAUGAGGCUUCUGGCUGAUUGACGGUCCAAAAGGCAUAUUUAGGCCACAUAAAAGUACUCCACAUGACUUCAGUGGUCAGUUAAUUUCUUCAGAAACAAAUCAAUAGGUUUGUGUAAGAAACAUAUCCAUAACUAAAAUGUUUUUAACUAUAAAUCGUUACUACCGUCAAACAGCCACCAGCCUGAUGGCACCUGUUUACUUGCAUUGUAUGGACAAACAGAGCUUAAAUGUGCUUAUAAACAUCUUAAUUUCGGUUCUGCUGAAGAAGGAAAGUUGAGGUCACACAUCUGACAUCAAUCAUGAGACAAUUUAAAUUUUUGAGUGAACUUACCUUUUAAGAUGUUUUGCAUUUUUAUAACAAUUUAACACACUUUGCUCUCAAAUCAGAUCUUCUGUAAAACAAAAACUUCCAACUCUAAUUACUGUAAUGCGAAACAAAACAAAAAAAAAAUGAUUAUUUGUCUUACAUCAAAAGUGUUUAAACAUUUGUCUUUAAUUGAUGCUGGUUUUAAUACAAAUUAAAAAAAUUAAUGUUUUUUACAAAUAAUUAUCAAAUUACAUUAUGAUAUGAAGUAUUACAAUAAUAAGAAUUUGGAGGAAAAAUGUGUUGAGCUAACUCUUGUGAAAGUAGCAUCACAAUGCAAAAGGUAUUAAUGGUCUUAAAACAGGCUUCAUUUUCUACAUGCAAAAUAUAUUUUCAGAUUUUUUAUUUUUCAUUUUAAACUUUGUGAGAUUCACCCAUAUUUCCCGUGUGUUUUCGACUAACAGGUAUCUUCAACCUAAAAAGGAACAUUUAUGUUUUACUGACUUAUCAUAUAGCUGGAGAUCUUUGAUCAUUAUAUAUGUGUCAUUUGAACAUAUUGCAUAUAUUUUUUUAAAAGCUUGUUUGGCUUUUACAAAAGAAGUCAUUUUAAAAUGGUUAAAAUGGGGAAAUGUAUAAAAUUUAUUGCAGAGGUUUUAUUUUGUUGGUGGGGUUUUCGACAAUAGAUUUGCUGUAUAGCUGCAAUUCCUAAAAAAAUUACAAAAUAUAAGAUUUGUUUAAAUUUAUUUUUACAGUCAAUGGAAGAAUCUUACGAAGAAAUGUCCAAGUCGUAUUUCAUGCUAAAAUCAAAAUAAAAUAAAAAGUGCAGCAAAUAUAUCUACAAUUGCACUUUAAAAUUGAAACAAUAAUUUAAAAACCUUUUUUAUAUUUUAGCAUUUCAGUAAUGAGAAUUAUGGGUGUAAAUGUGUUUGAUUGUCAUCAACGUAAUGCCACAAUGCAAAAGGUCCUGAAAAACAUAAUUUUUCGUUUGAUUUUGGGAUGAAACCUGACCCGGACAGUUCUUGACAGUUGUCAUGAGAUUAGCUGUCUGAAUAGAUGAUAAAAGACAAGAAAUUUGUACAUAUUAGAAACACAAACUUUAGUCUUACAAAUAAAUUGCAUUUAAUUUAAUGCAUAAAUCAGAUUAUUUUAGCAGUAUAAGGACAAUAGAAUAUAGAAGCUAUGCUCAUUUCAUCUUUGUGCAUAUAUAUAUAUAUAUGAUCAUCUUAUAUUUGUGACAACAAGAAAAAUGUUUAUUUCUGUGUAUGUUUUAAUUGAUUAGCACCAUCGUUGACAAUCAAGUCGCUUAUUGAAUUGUUUUGUGUGUACCUGACUUCAUGCUGUACCAAUUCACUCAUGUUCAUGUUUGUCAGUGGAAAGUAUGAAAACAAAUACACUGAGAAAUCGUUGAGAGUUGAGAACGUUUCAUUACCUCAACAUUGAAGCCAUUACCAAUGAUAUAAACGCUGUCUGUCCACAUUUGCACUUUUAAUAUUUCAUUGCUCUUAAUUUAAUCAAAUGUAAAGAAAUAGAAGACCUAAGAUGAUCCAUUAAAAAUAUAAACACUUGGACAGAAACAUGUUCUGUGUAAUCUUUGCCGACUACGCCACAUUUGUGAAAAUGCUGUUAUAGUAGUCUACAAUAAUUGCGCUCAAGAAUCUGAUCUGUCCCUUCUGUGUGCUGUACACCUUGAGGACAGUUCAGAUACUAUGACUCCUGCCUCCAUUAAUAUUUAAUUGGUUGAUGUAGCCUGCCGCAGAACUGCUGAGCGAAUCCUUAAGGGCGAGGUCACAGGGCCAUCUCAUAUAUGGAUCUACUACAUUUAACACAUACACAUUUUGUAACAGGAAGCUGCAGCUCUAAAAUCUGAUUGGAUGAGCCCUGUUUGAAGUCAUUGUAAAUAGUUCAAAUAAAUACUCUUAUCUUAUUUGAAUGUGCCAAGUUGCUGCAAACCAAUAAAACUGCCUACAGUUAAUGGCUAAUGAACUAUAUUUCUUGACGAAAGAAUUGAUUAUUAGUAGUGAUUGCUAAUGCUAUUGCUCAUACUCAGGGUUAGGGAUUUGAACAAAACGUAAUAAGUAUUAAAAUUUGGAUAACGUUAAUCUCGUCAAUGAAAUUACUUGCGAAAAUGUUUGUUGACAAAGCGUUUUUUGUUUUCAUCAACAAUAAUGAUGCAUCAGACGCAUCGUG